CUGUCACAUGAGAAACUGGGGCGGCUUUUGAACAAUCCAGCUGAAUGGUUCAAAACAUGGGUUCGAGAAGAAUAAAGUGGAUCUCGACGCCUUCUAAAUGCACAUAUCGUUCGGGCUCCUCUCCUUUCGGGAUAUUCAGACAGCUCAGCUGGGUAUCCCAUGCCACAGGACGAACGGCACUUCCUGCCCGUGUUUCAUUCCGACGUUGCCAUAAUUUGUUAGAUUCGUCGACCCUGCCCUUUUCCCCCAAAGGUUCGUCCCCUGAAAUCUGGGGAUAAAGACUUCUUUCGAUGAGUAUCCCUUGUGAAAGGCCGAGUAGAUAUUAUGAAAGCACUUUCAAGUCUCGUCGUUUUCUUCCUCCUGGCAUCACUGGCAGAGAGCUCACUCUCUUCAGUAAUUGCUGAACUACCCACUUGUGCGCUGGUAUGCCUCGAGGGUGCAAUUGUGAACUCACCAUGCGCGGCUACAAACCAAACAUGUAUAUGCUCCGACGCAACACUGCAAACAGAUGUGACGACUUGCGUCACAAAGUCUUGCACCGUCAUAGAAUCACUUGUUACGAAGAACGUCACUGAGACAACCUGUGGUGCUCCAAUUCGGGACAAGAGCAAGCCAUACUACGCCCUGGCUGUGAGCUUAGGUAUAAUUUCAGGGGCAAUCGUGCUUUUAAGGUUUUCCUCAAAAUUCUUCGCGAACUCAGAGCUUGCUCUAGACGAUUGGUUCAUUUUGGCAACGUUGGUGACUGGCAUACCGAGCACCGUAUUAACUUCGCGCACUAUCAUUUCCUACGGACUGGGGAAAGACAUCUGGACACUUACACCCACAAAAAUCACGGACUUUAUACAUGUCUUCUAUGCCUUAGAGAUAUUGUAUUUUGCCCAAGUUGCAUUAUUGAAACUCUCGCUCCUUUUCUUUUACCUACGGAUCUUUCCAGGAACUAUGGUUCGCCGUCUCCUCUGGGUAACUGUGAUCUUCGAUAUUUGCUUUGGGAUGCUUUUUGUAUUGCUUGCUAUAUUUCAAUGCCGCCCUAUUAGUUACUAUUGGUCGGGUUGGGACGGAGAACAUCAGGGGACCUGUUUGAACGUGAAUGGUCUCGCUUGGUCUAAUGCCGCGAUCAGCAUCGUGCUCGAUGGCUGGAUGCUUGCUCUGCCAAUAUCUCAACUGUUUGGUCUCCAGCUGCACUGGAAGAAGAAGAUCGGAGUCGCAAUGAUGUUCAUUGUUGGUACAUUUGUCACAGUUGUCAGUAUAAUACGCCUUCAAUCCCUUGUCCAUUUCGCGAACUCGAACAACCCAACAUGGGACAACUUGGCCGUUUCCCAAUGGUCGACGAUCGAAAUCAACAUUGGCAUUAUUUGCGCCUGCAUGCCCAGUCUCCGGGUACUCCUCGUCCGACUAUUCCCUAAAGUCCUUGGCACUACUCUCCAUUCAAAGAGCAAUAGGUACUAUAUCGAUAACAGCCAUAGUCACAUUGGAGGCAACAUUUCAGUCAAUCGGCCAGGGAAAUCGUUGAUUUCUAGCCAAAACCAAAGCCAACAAGACAUGAAUGGGGAUGGGAUUACAUACUCGCAGACCUACACUGUCCAGUGGGGCGAAAAUGGGCGCGACAACGGCGAGACGAAAUCCAUACAAAUGAAUGAUCUUGAUCACGAGGCCAUGAAGUCCAGUAGUCGAGUGAGGGAAAAUGAGUUGUAAUAUGAUUGUUCUAUUUACGCUUGGCGUAUUGAGUUUGAGAGACGAAGAUGAAAGAUGGGGCAUAGGGGCGGAGUCAAGGACUACUAUGGCGGUGAAGGGACGGGGUAGGAAUCGGGUUACAAUAGAUGCGCGGUUGUUCUUCUGUACCAAUGUCCUCGCGUUACCCCGGCUUUGUUGUCAAACCUGACAAAUGCCCCUGGACCUUUGGAACGUUCCAGUCUUUGGUAGCUACUCGCACACCAGACAAACUAUUCCAGAGCCUAUGGAACGUUUGCACAAACAGGUUGCGAGUUGGUAAUGAAGGUGGAGAGAGUCAAUGUAGGAGUAGCGAGUGGAGUACAUAAUAGUGACAGUACUCAUGUUUCUAGAAU